UUCUCCUUCAGUUCUCCGCUGCAGCCAAACAGCCUCCACCAGGUCCGCGCACUCCGAACCUCCGACACAGAGACAUGGCAGAGAUGGGGGGUGUGGUGAAGCAGCCAGAGAACAAAGGACACUGUGGGACAUGUCAGCACCACGCACCCAAAGGGCCUGGAACAAUGGCUGUCCCUCCUGCAUACGCCGACCUGGGCAAAUCUGCCAAAGACAUCUUCAACAAGGGCUAUGGCUACGGAGUUCUGAAGCUGGAUGUUAAGACCAAGUCCCAGAGCGGAGUUGAGUUCGCCACGUCCGGCUCCAACAACACAGACACGGGGAAGUCCGGCGGUCACCUGGAGACCAAGUACAAGAUGAGUGAGCUGGGCCUCAGCUUCAACCAGAAAUGGAACACAGACAACACUCUGACCACAGAAGUCACCAUAGAGGACCAGCUGGCGAAGGGCCUGAAGCUCGCUCUGGACACCUCAUUUGUGCCAAACACCGGGAAGAAGAGUGCCAAACUGAAGACUGGCUACAAGCGGGAGUUUGUGAAUAUGGGCUGUGACCUGGACUUCGACAUGGCCGGCCCCACCGUGCACGGAGCUGCUGUGCUGGGCUACGAGGGCUGGCUCGCUGGCUACCAGUUGGCUUUUGACACCGCCAAGUCCAAACUGACUCAGAACAACUUUGCCCUCGGAUACAAGGCCGGAGACUUUCAGCUUCAUACCAACGUCAAUGAUGGCACAGAGUUCGGUGGCUCCAUUUUCCAGAAGGUGAACAGCAACUUGGAGACAGCGGUGCACCUGUCCUGGACCGCCGGCAGCAACAACACCCGCUUUGGAAUCGGGGCUAAAUACCAGCUGGACAAUGAUGCGACCCUAUCUGCCAAAGUGAACAACGCCUGCCUCGUUGGAGUUGGAUACACACAAAUCCUCAGGCCAGGAGUGAAGCUCACUCUCUCAGGUCUGAUCGACGGGAAGAACGUGAACGGCGGCGGACACAAAGUGGGCAUGGGUUUCGAGCUGGAGGCCUAAAUCGACUCCGAGGGAGGACGGACAAGAGGAGAAGAAGACACAGCCCAAAUGUGACAACACCACAAUGGUCCACACAGCGACACAAAUACACAUCUUCCCUGCACACUGAGUGCUACACACAUAUCUACACAAACACACACAUUCUUUGGCCUUAACCCUGAAACCCAGAGCAGCCUCCAAGACCUCCAGUACUGUAAUUUUGAAAGAAGCAAGCAAUAUUUUUUAAAUGUUGCAUUACUUACAGGUCCCAUAUGUUAUAUGUGUCAUGAAAAUAAUCAUUCUCUGAAUAAUGUGCUCCUUGUGACCGCUUUGACUCGACAAAGUGCACUUUGUCUCAGACAUAUCUGUAUUUCUGGAACACGACAUGAGGCCCCUUUCUUAUUUUGACUGUGUUCAGGUAAUUUUAGUUCAGAUAUAUUCUGUCUCUCAGACGUGAAUCAGAUGAUUAGAAGAAGCUUGUUUUGGUAAGUUGUGGUUUUGUUGCAUGCUUUCAAGGCUUGAGGGAAGCUACUGACUUCAGUGUCACAUUGACAAGUACAGUGACGGUAAACAGAUGCAAUAAAGGCUGGAGAGCGUUGAGCAGAAAACACAGCGAGCGGCCGGUGACUCUCAGACUGAGUGGACCGACUGAUUCAAAACAUCGAUUUUUCAGGUCCUCUUUGGUAAAAAGGCUCCGAGCCUCCUCGUCUUGUUGGGUUUCCUGUACCUGUUCAACCUUUACCACUACAUUUCACUUUAUCUGUGCUGUGCUUUGUGUAGAAGAGUUAGUCAACAGUUAGGACCUCAACCUAAUUUUAUUGAAUUGAUGGAAUAAAGAAUGUAAAACUUUA